AGCCAUUUUCUGCUCUUUGUGUGGGGCGGAUUAGCGGACAGCGACCGAGCUGAGAGCAUCAGUUGUCUGAUACAGAGCGAAACGCCGUCGUCGUGUCUUUACGCCGCUCUGCGAUCAUCGUCCAGUCGUUUGUCGUGCGGACAUGCGAUUUGCAGGCUGGACUGCUUUGUGAGUGAACAAGCGCAGCCAUGACGACCCACGUGACUCUGGAGGAUGCGCUGUCCAACGUGGACCUGCUGGAGGAGCUGCCACUCCCCGACCAGCAGCCAUGCAUUGAGCCUCCACCCUCUUCCAUCAUGUACCAGGCAAAUUUUGAUACCAACUUUGAGGACAGAAAUGCUUUCGUGACUGGUAUCGCCCGAUACAUCGAACAGGCCACAGUCCAUUCCAGCAUGAAUGAAAUGCUGGAGGAGGGACAUGAAUACGCUGUCAUGCUGUACACCUGGAGAAGCUGCUCGAGAGCCAUUCCCCAGGUGAAGUGUAAUGAACAGCCCAACAGAGUGGAGAUCUAUGAGAAGACUGUGGAGGUGCUGGAACCUGAGGUCACCAAGCUCAUGAAGUUCAUGUACUUCCAGCGUAAGGCAAUUGAGCGUUUUUGUAGUGAGGUGAAGCGUCUGUGCCACGCUGAGCGCAGGAAAGACUUUGUGUCCGAGGCUUACCUGCUUACCUUGGGCAAAUUCAUCAACAUGUUCGCUGUUCUGGACGAACUCAAGAACAUGAAGUGCAGUGUCAAGAAUGACCACUCUGCUUACAAAAGAGCCGCUCAAUUCCUCAGAAAGAUGGCUGAUCCACAGUCUAUCCAAGAAUCCCAAAACCUUUCGAUGUUCUUGGCCAAUCACAACAGAAUCACACAGUGUCUGCAUCAGCAACUGGAGGUGAUCCCUGGCUAUGAGGAGCUCCUGGCAGACAUUGUUAACAUCUGUGUGGAUUACUAUGAGAAUAAGAUGUACUUGACACCCAGUGAGAAACACAUGCUGCUCAAGGUGAUGGGGUUCGGGCUUUAUCUGAUGGACGGAAAUGUCAGCAACAUCUACAAGCUGGAUGCCAAGAAGAGAAUAAACCUCAGUAAAAUCGACAAGUUCUUCAAGCUCCAGGUCGUGCCUCUGUUUGGUGACAUGCAGAUUGAGCUGUCUAGGUAUAUCGAGACAAGCGCCCACUAUGAGGAGAACAAGUCAAAGUGGACUUGUACCCAGAGCAGCAUUAGUCCCCAGUACAACCUGUGUGAGCAGAUGGUUCAGAUCCGAGAUGACCACAUCCGCUUCAUCUCAGAGUUGGCACGUUACAGUAAUAGUGAAGUGGUCACAGGCUCCGGCUUGGACAGCCAGAAGUCUGACGAGGAGUACAGAGAGCUGUUUGACCUGGCUCUCCGAGGUUUGCAGCUCCUCUCCAAGUGGAGCACUCAUGUCAUGGAGGUGUACUCAUGGAAACUCGUGCACCCCACUGAUAAAUUCUGCAAUAAGGACUGUCCUGGCACAGCUGAGGAGUAUGAGCGUGCUACACGCUAUAACUAUACCAGUGAGGAGAAAUUUGCCUUGGUGGAAGUUAUUGCCAUGAUCAAGGGCCUGCAGGUGCUAAUGGGCCGCAUGGAGAGCGUGUUUAACCAGGCCAUCAGGAACACGAUCUAUGCUGCGUUGCAGGACUUUGCCCAGGUCACUCUGAGAGAGCCGCUCAGGCAGGCUGUGCGCAAGAAAAAGAACGUCCUAAUCAGCGUUCUACAGGCCAUUCGGAAGACCAUUUGUGAUUGGGAGGGGGGCAGGGAGCCACCCAAUGACCCUUGUCUAAGAGGAGAGAAGGACCCCAAAGGAGGUUUUGAUAUUAAAGUGCCCCGCCGUGCUGUUGGCCCCUCAAGCACACAGCUGUACAUGGUGCGAACCAUGCUUGAGUCUCUGAUCGCAGACAAGAGUGGCUCUAAGAAGACCCUGCGCAGCAGCCUGGAUGGCCCCAUAGUUCAGGCCAUAGAGGACUUCCACAAGCACUCCUUCUUCUACACCCAUCUUCUCAACUUCAGUGAGGCCCUUCAGCAGUGCUGUGACCUAUCGCAGCUUUGGUUCCGAGAGUUCUUCCUGGAGCUCACCAUGGGUCGUCGCAUCCAAUUCCCCAUUGAGAUGUCCAUGCCCUGGAUCCUCACUGACCAUAUUCUGGAAACCAAAGAACCCUCCAUGAUGGAAUAUGUGUUGUAUCCUUUGGAUCUUUAUAAUGACAGUGGAUAUUAUGCUCUAACCAAGUUCAAGAAGCAGUUUCUCUACGAUGAGAUAGAGGCUGAGGUGAACCUGUGUUUUGAUCAGUUUGUAUACAAAUUGGCUGAUCAAAUAUUUGCGUACUAUAAAGCAAUGGCUGGAAGUGUUCUCUUGGACAAGCGCUUCCGUGCAGAAUGUAAGAACUAUGGCGUGAUUAUCCCUUACCCCCCCUCUAACCGCUAUGAGACACUGCUGAAACAGAGACAUGUGCAGCUCCUGGGUCGUUCCAUUGACCUGAACAGACUGAUCACCCAGAGGAUCUCAGCAGCUAUGUACAAAUCCCUGGACCAUGCCAUCAGCCGCUUUGAGAGUGAAGACCUCACAUCUAUAGUGGAGCUCGAGUGGCUGCUGGAAAUAAACCGACUGACUCAUCGACUGUUGUCCAAACACAUGACCCUAGACAGUUUUGACGCCAUGUUCCGGGAGGCCAACCACAACGUGUCUGCUCCAUACGGCCGCAUCACGCUGCACGUCUUCUGGGAGCUCAACUUUGAUUUCUUGCCAAACUACUGCUACAAUGGCUCCACCAACAGAUUUGUGCGCACAGCAAUUCCCUUUACCCAAGAGCCUCAGCGAGACAAGCCUGCCAACGUUCAGCCUUACUACCUUUACGGCUCUAAGCCUUUGAACAUUGCAUACUCCCACAUCUACAGUUCCUACAGGAACUUUGUGGGUCCCCCGCAUUUCAAAACCAUCUGCCGUCUCCUUGGUUACCAGGGCAUCGCCGUAGUGAUGGAGGAGCUGCUGAAAAUUGUCAAGAGCUUGCUCCAGGGCACCAUUCUUCAGUAUGUGAAGACGCUGAUAGAGGUGAUGCCUAAGAUCUGCCGUCUGCCUCGCCAUGAGUAUGGAUCACCAGGUAUCCUGGAGUUUUUCCACCACCAGCUCAAGGAUAUAAUUGAAUACGCUGAGCUGAAGACUGAUGUGUUUCAGAGCCUAAGGGAGGUUGGCAAUGCAAUCCUCUUCUGCCUCCUUAUUGAGCAAGCUCUGUCCCAGGAAGAAGUCUGUGACCUCCUUCAUGCAGCUCCAUUCCAGAACAUUCUCCCCAGAGUCUACAUUAAAGAGGGUGAGAGGUUGGAGGUGAGGAUGAAGAGGCUGGAAGCGAAGUAUGCUCCUCUGCACUUGGUUCCUCUCAUUGAGAGACUUGGCACUCCACAGCAAAUUGCUAUCGCACGAGAGGGAGACCUGCUGACCAAGGAGAGGCUGUGCUGUGGCUUGUCAAUGUUCGAGGUCAUCCUCACGCGCAUCCGCAGCUUUCUGCAAGACAGUGUGUGGCGUGGCCCUCCACCCAGCAAUGGUGUCAUGCACGUGGACGAGUGCAUGGAGUUCCACCGGCUCUGGAGCGCCAUGCAGUUUGUCUACUGUAUCCCAGUGGGCACACACGAGUUCACAGCAGAGCAGUGUUUUGGGGAUGGAUUAAACUGGGCUGGCUGUGCCAUCAUCGUGCUGUUGGGCCAGCAGAGGCGCUUCGACCUCUUUGAUUUCUGCUACCACCUGCUGAAGGUCCAGAGACAGGAUGGCAAGGACGAGAUCAUCAAGAACGUGCCCUUGAAGAAAAUGGCUGACCGCAUCCGAAAGUACCAGAUCCUCAACAACGAGAUCUUUGCCAUUCUCAACAAGUACAUGAAGGCUGUUGAGACGGACAGUUCUACAGUCGAGCAUGUUCGCUGUUUCCAGCCUCCUAUACACCAGUCCCUGGCAACCACAUGUUAAAACCCCCACAACCGACCACUUUCCACACGCUUUCCUCUGGUGUCGGCUGGUUUUCAAACAUACACGCUUAAAAGGUAAAGGUAAUUUACAAGCGUUUUCUCGACCACUGUUUUAACAGUGGCAGACAUACCUCCACACAUGUCCAAAUUAGAUCCUCAAGUGAACUGAAGGCCUUAUCCACUGUUUUGUGAACCUCGAUUCUGGAUGACCUAAUAAGAUUCCUUAGGUAUCACACCAGGUCCUGCCUAUAAAACACAAGGCAAAUUAUGGUAAAGUAAAGAGUAACAAAUUUAAAUAUAACUAUUAAAUUAACCAGAGCACAUAUAUAUAAAAAAAUAUUGUGAUUUUUAUGGUGGUUUUUUGUUUGUUUCUUGGGGGUUUUUUGCAUGUCCAUUUUUUAAAAAGGUUUUCACCUUUCACUUGUCCACCACUUUCAACUAAAUUCAUCUUUUAAUUUUUAAUGUAUGCGCCUAAAGACAUAGGAGCAAAAAGAAUCUGGUUAAUGGACACUAAAGUGUUAAUCUAGUUUGCAUAUUUAUUUAUCAUUCGUAUAUUCUUUGGCACAUUUUUAAAAGAUCACCAUAUUCUGUUUCCUCCAUUACCCAGUUAACUCUGCAUUUCUGAAUUGUUUUUAAAGUGUAUUAUAUCUUCUAUUUUCCCAUCUUAAAUGUCAGACAAAAUUAAGUAUUUCCUGUGGUACGUGUUCAUUUUUUUAUAAUGUAAUAUGUCCUGAGUAUUUGCCUAAUCUACAGAAAACAAGCCCCCACCAAUGGUUGCAAUUAUUAACGUCUCAGUUUAUGGACAGCUUGUCUGGGCUAAUAAUGUUUUAAUUCAAAGUGUGUAUUUAACCAGUGGAAAUGUUUAGCAUUGUGAACUCACAUAAUCUAAAUUUCACAGUUGUGUUGCAGUGGAGGAUGAAGGAUUUCUUUUUAAAUACCUCUUGAUUUCAUUUAGAGGAAAUAUCCUAUAUUUCAGUUUCCCAUCAUAUGCCGUGGAACACAUUGUUAGAGGAAAAUGACCUUUAAACUUCCAUUUUCUGUACAUAAGGACAGUUAUAAGACAUAAAGCUACUGUUGUGAGUGAAUCCUCAUGAACUCAUCUCUUUCCUGAGUUCCGGAUCUUUUACAUACCUUUCUCUUUUAAAGUACUUAGUAAAGUAAGGGUUCUUUUUCCAAGUCUCUGUUCACAUACACCGUUUUCCUUGCGCCUUGGAGGGCUUCAAUUGUUUAAUGAUAAAAAUGAAAUGAAAAUUCUGAGGCUUUGCUUUUAAUGCUGGCAUGACGGGUGUAACUUAUUGUCAUCUUGGAUCUUAUUGUGACAUGGAUUUUUGUUCAUAUUGUUGUACAAGUGAUCAAGUGUUUUAAAAUAGAAAAAGGAAAAACAUAAUGAAAUGUACAACAAAUGGUUGUGCAAAUGGAUUGAAAAUUGCAUUGUAUUUCCAUGAAAUAAAAAAAAAAAUUAACUGAA